GCGUUCGCGGGAAAACUUCGUCGGGUUGGCGGGGUUCGGGGCGCGCGGGCCGUGGAGCUGCCAUGAGCCUGUGGGUGGACAAGUACCGGCCCUGCUCCUUGGCGCGCCUGGACUACCACAAGGAGCAGGCGGCCCAGCUGCGCAACCUGGUUCAGUGUGGUGACUUUCCUCACCUGUUAGUAUAUGGACCCUCAGGUGCUGGGAAAAAGACAAGGAUUAUGUGUAUCCUACGCGAACUUUAUGGUGUUGGAGUGGAGAAAUUAAGAAUCGAACAUCAGACCAUCACAACUCCAUCCAAAAAGAAAAUUGAAAUCAGCACCAUUGCAAGUAAUUACCAUCUUGAAGUUAAUCCCAGUGAUGCUGGAAAUAGUGACCGAGUAGUAAUUCAAGAGAUGUUGAAAACAGUGGCGCAGUCACAGCAACUUGAAACAAGCUCUCAAAGAGAUUUUAAAGUGGUGUUAUUGACAGAAGUGGACAAACUCACCAAAGAUGCUCAACAUGCCUUGCGCAGAACAAUGGAAAAAUACAUGUCUACAUGCAGGUUGAUCUUGUGUUGCAAUUCUACAUCCAAAGUGAUUCCACCCAUUCGUAGCAGGUGCCUGGCGGUUCGUGUGCCUGCUCCCAGCAUUGAAGAGAUUUGCCAUGUGUUAACUGCUGUGUGCAAGAAAGAAGGUCUGACUCUUCCUUCCCAGCUGGCCCAUCGGCUGGCAGAGAAGUCCCGCAGAAAUCUCCGGAAAGCCCUACUGAUGUGCGAAGCAUGCAGAGUCCAACAAUACCCUUUCACUGCAGAUCAAGAAAUCCCUGAGACAGACUGGGAGGUGUAUCUGCGGGAGACCGCGAAUGCCAUUGUCAGUCAGCAAACUCCACAGAGGCUCCUUGAAGUCCGUGGAAGGCUCUAUGAGCUUUUAACACAUUGCAUUCCUCCUGAGAUAAUAAUGAAGGGUCUCCUCUCAGAACUUUUGCAUAAUUGCGAUGGACAACUGAAAGGGGAAGUGGCCCAGAUGGCAGCUUAUUAUGAACAUCGUCUCCAGCUGGGUAGCAAGGCCAUUUAUCAUUUGGAAGCCUUUGUAGCCAAAUUUAUGGCACUUUAUAAGAAGUUUAUGGAGGAUGGAUUGGAAGGCAUGAUGUUCUGACUUCUAUCGGUAAUUCUGCCUGUUAUUUCUCAAUGUCAGCAUUCUUAUACAAUUUAUAUGUGGGGAGCCCUGGGUAAAAUAAAAUUACUUAAUCAUGUCUUA